AUGUCAAAAGAUCUUAUCAAGGGUGCAUUGGACAUUGAUCCUUGGUUGGAACCUUACUCGGCCUCCCUUAUCAGCCGCCAGUUGCAAUAUCACCAGUGGCUCGAAACUUUGGAGAAGUCCGAGGGUUCCUUGUUUGACUUUGCUUCUUCCUAUAAAAAGUACGGUCUUCAUGCUGACAAGGCCACCAAGGCCAUUACUAUCACCGAGUACAUUCCUGAUGUGCAGCUGGUCUCCCUCGUGGGAGAGUUCAACGGCUGGGACGUGGACUCACACCGCUUGGAGAAAAAGAACGAUUUCGGCUUGUGGCAGCUCACAAUUGAGCCUGUUAAUGGAGACUAUGCAAUUGCCCAUGAUUCCAUUUAUAAGAUCUCGAUGUUAACCGCUGCUGGCGAGAGGAUCUACAGGUUGGACCCAUGGGGUACCCGGGCAACUUUCAACAAGAACACCACCUUGUACGAAGGCAGGUUCUGGAAUCCUGAACUGACAUACACCUUCAAGCACCCCAGACCGCAUUUGAACGAGGUGGAGGGACUCAAGAUCUACGAGGCGCAUGUCGGCAUUUCGUCUCCUGAGCCCAAGAUUGCCAGCUACAAGGAGUUCACGCAGAACACGUUGCCCGUGAUCCAUAAGCUUGGAUAUAACACAAUUCAAUUGAUGGCUAUCAUGGAGCAUGCCUACUAUGCCAGUUUUGGUUAUCAGGUGACGAACUUCUUCUCCAUUUCCUCGAGGUAUGGUACUCCGGAAGAGCUCAAGGAACUCAUUGAUGAGGCCCACCGGUUGGGUAUCAGAGUUCUUCUUGAUGUGGUUCACUCUCACAGUUCCAAGAACGUGGAGGAUGGCUUGAACAACUUCAAUGGCACCGAUCAUUACUUGUUCCAUGGUGGUCCCAAAGGUAAUCAUGACUUGUGGGACUCAAGGUUGUUCAACUACUCUAAUUACGAGACAUUGAGAUUUUUGUUGUCCAACUUGAAGUUUUACGUUGAUGUCUACGGGUUCGAUGGUUUCAGAUUUGAUGGAGUCACUUCUAUGUUGUAUAAGCAUCAUGGUUUGAGCUACGGCUUCAGUGGUGACUACAAUGAGUAUUUCAACCAGGAUUUGGUUGACAAUGACGCAAUUACAUACCUCAUGCUCGGACAUCGCUUGCUCGAAGAAAUCAGUGAAGCCGAUAAGGGUGCCUUGUUCACCACAGUGGCUGAAGACGUCAGUGGUAUGCCCACAUUGUGCUUGCCAAUUUCCAAAGGUGGUAUUGGCUUCGAUUACAGGUUGUCGAUGGCCAUCCCAGACAUGUGGAUCAAAAUUUUGAAGCACUUGCGGGAUGAGGAAUGGGAUCUUGGAAAUAUUGUUUUCACCUUGACCAACAGACGCCACGGCGAAAAAUGUAUCGCUUACUCUGAAUCCCAUGAUCAGGCUUUGGUGGGUGAUAAGACUCUUGCCUUCUGGCUUAUGGAUAAGGAGAUGUAUACCAACAUGUCCGAACUCUCCCCCAUGACAGAGACCGUUUCCAGGGGUCUCGCUUUACAUAAGAUGAUUCGUCUUGUGACAUUUGCCUUGGGAGGAGAGGGCUAUUUGAACUUUGAGGGUAAUGAGUUUGGACACCCAGAGUGGUUAGACUUCCCUCGUGAAGGCAACAAUGAUUCAUAUCACUACGCCAGACGUCAGUUCAACUUGAUUCAUGACGACUUGUUGAGAUAUAAGUUUUUGUUCCGUUUUGACAGUGCCAUGCUUGAGCUUGACACAAAGUAUGGAGUAUUGUUGACACCUCAGGCAUACGUCUCUUUGAAACACGAGAUCGACAAGGUUCUUGUCUUUGAGAGAAACGGACUUUUGUUUAUCUUCAACUUCCACCCAACUCAAUCUUUCCCUGACUAUAAGGUCGGUGUUGAGGCUGCUGGAGAUUACCAGAUAGUGCUUGAUUCUGAUUCCAAGGAGCUUGGAGGAUUUGGAAGAAUCAAUGACCUUGACAGUGCUGGAAACAAGAUCUCGUUCCCUACUCUGCCAGAGCAGUGGAACAAUAGGUCAAAUGCUUUGUUCAUCUACAUUCCUUCUAGAACCGCUUUGGUUUUGCAACUUAAAACUAAGGUCAAGUAA